CUAGGGUGCUGCAGAUGACUUGGGAUGAAAUAAACGUCCACAAAAGCCUACCGCCUCAUCCAAAUAUAGUCCCAAUCGAUCGCAUAGUCCUCGAGGAUGUGGAAUCUCGCGUGGUUGGCUUUACAACCAAGUACAUCCCCGGUGGAACCCUUGAAGCAAACCCACAUCUGCCUUUGCGUUUUGAGUGGUUGAAACAACUCACACAGCUAGUCGACUUUCUGAAUCUAGAUCUGGGGAUCAUGCACCAAGACAUUGCGCCUCGGAAUUUAAUUAUCCACCCUGAAACAGAACAGAUUCUCUUAUUCGACUUUGGCUGGGUUGCUCAUGGAAAAAAGAACUUACUGGAAGGGCGAGACGACGUGAUCGGUGUUGCGUUCACGCUAUACGAGCUCAUCACGGGUGAUACGCACUUCACGAGCAUUCCUCAUUGGGAUCGAAACAUGGACAUGGUUUUGAACACAGAGUGGAUUUGCAAUCGCGAACUUGACUCUGAUUUGACCACUUUCCGGAACUUUCUGGACGAGUGGAUAUUGACACGAAGGAUCGACGGCGACAUGGAACGGUAUCUCAACGCACCAAACCGGCUUACAUGGCCCGACCUACCAACGCCGCCUGACUAUAAUGUACCUUUCGAGUGCGGCAGGGCUGCGGAAGGUGAGGCGGCAUACAGAACGGGACUGCGGCUUAUACGCACGGCGAUAAAGCUUGGACAAUAUGUCUUUCCCUGGCAAAGGCCGCCACAGAGCAGGUUGAAGGAGUCCAGGAAUGAAGUGGGAGAAUAGACGGACAAAGACGAAACAAUCAGCCUUGUAUUCUCUAGCGAGCCUGGGAUUACCCGAACCAUGAUCCUAUCAUUUGAUUGACGAAGGAUGCUUCACGACAAUUCAACAGUCAAGUGAAGGGAAUAGGGUCCAAUUCGUGGUGGAUCUGGAAUGGUUCGUGGGCUUGUAAUAGUGGUGCGUUUCUGUCGAGAACCUCGAAAUCCCUGCCCAAAGUGCUUCUUGCUUAAUUUUUAAUUUUGGUCGUUCAAAUAUACUUACUAUUGGCGGGAUUCCAUGGCGCAAAACUCUGGAAAAUGCUUCAGACACAAUCUCCAAGCAGGGAUGAAUAUUUUAGAGGCACAGAGUCGUCCCUACUCUUAAGGGCAGACGGGUGGGGAAAUGGUUCAUUUACGUAGAAUAGCAGGUU